AUCCAUUGUCACAAAAACAUCAAUACCAAUUAGCAUUUAGCAACACAAAACAUCCUCAAAAAUGAACCUUAGAAGUUUUAGUUUCACCCUUUUUCUGCUGAUUCUCACAUUGGCUUCCCUUGUAAGUGCCAAUUAUAUUCCUCACAAAAAACGUUCCAAUCCAAGAAGAUUCAUAAACAAAUUUCUGAUUCCACAGAACAUUGCUCGAGUUGCGGUGGGGCAACGACCGUUAGUGUGGGACGAUAAGCUAAUGCAUUAUGCACAAUGGUACGCGAACCAGAGGCGCAACGACUGUGCCUUGGAACAUUCUAAUGGGCCAUAUGGUGAGAAUAUUUUUUGGGGUAGUGGUUUUGGGUGGAAACCAGCACAAGCAGUGAGUGCUUGGGUGGAUGAAAAACAGUAUUACAAUUAUGGGCAAAAUUCUUGUGUUGAUGGAGAAAUGUGUGGACAUUAUACACAAAUUGUGUGGGGUAGCACUACCAAAGUUGGAUGUGCUAGUGUUGUGUGUUCUGAUAAUAAAGGUACUUUCAUGACUUGUAACUAUGAUCCUCCUGGAAAUUACUAUGGAGAGAAACCUUAUUGAAAGGAAAUUACCAAAAGGGGGAUUGAAGAAAGCAUUGAGACAAACACAGCUCAAUAAUGUUAUCAUAUACUCCCUCCGCCCCAUAUUAUAA